GCAAAAUUUUUCAAAACUGGAAUAAGACAUUUAAAAUUUUUCAACCGUUAGAGAGCCAAUUCAGAUUUCUGCAUUACUGAACCAAAAUAUGAAAAUAAUCAUUUCCCCUUAUUUAUUUGUUCCCCUAUUCCUUCUUACGAAAUUUGAAUAAAGGGAGGAAGGAAACUAGAUCGAAGGAAAGCGGGGGGUAAAGCUCGUUACGAAACAAAUGAAUGAGGAUAAGUAACCGUUUGGCGCUCCCUCUGACCAAUCAAACUCACUUCGCCGCCUUCCGACAAACACUCGGCCAUAAUCACCACGGUGGCCUCGACUUUGCCGCCUAUGGCGCCGCCAUACAGCGUUGUGCCGACCGCCGCCUCCUCCGCCAGGGCAAGCAGCUCCACGCGCGCUUCUUCCUGUUCUCCAUCACACCCAAUAACUUCCUCGGCUCAAAGCUUGUUACGUUCUAUGCCAAAUGCAACCUCAUGCACCAUGCACGCAAGGUGUUCGACGAAAUACCGAGCAAGAACUCCUUCUCCUGGAACGCAAUGCUCAUGGGCUACUCAUUCAACGGCAUGUUCCAUAAAACGCUAGACCUCUUUUACACCUUUUCUUUUACCCACACCAUGUGCAUUGAUAAUUUCACCAUAUCGUGCGUUUCGAAGGCACUUUCUUCGUUGUUUUGUAGCUCAAAUUCGGCUAAAGAAGUUCACUGCUUUGUUAUUAGAGGCGGUUUGGACAGAGAUGUUUUUGUUAUGAAUGCUUUGGUUACGUGUUACUCGAGGUGUGAUCAGGUUGUACUUGCACGGAAGGUGUUUGACGGAAUGCCGGAGAGAGAUACUGUGUCGUGGAACUCAAUGAUUUCGGGGUACUCGCAAGGAGGGUUCUACGAAGAGUGUAAGAGGCUGUAUUUGGAGAUGUUGGGUGUGCCGGAUGUAGCUACGGUUGCGAGUGUGAUGCAGGCUUGUGGACAGUCUGGGGAUCUUGUGUUUGGAAUGGAGGUUCACCAAAUGGUGAAUGACAGUGGAAUGGAGAUGGACAUGUUGCUUUGCAAUGCUGUGAUUGCCAUGUAUGCUAAAUGCGGUAGUUUGGAUUAUGCUCAAGAACUGUUUGAUGAAAUGAGUGAGAAGGAUGAGGUUACUUAUGGCUCAAUGAUUUCAGGGUACAUGGUUUAUGGGUUUGUUGAUAAAGCCAUGGCUGUUUUCAGAGAAAUGGCAAGGCCUGCAUUGAGUAAUUGGAAUGCUGUGAUUUCAGGUAUGGUUCAGAAUAACCAGUAUGCUGUUAGAAGAAGUUAUGUUCAAAAUAUAUAUGUUGCAACUGCAAUUAUUGAUACUUAUGGAAAGCUAGGGUAUAUCCAUGGGGCACAGAAGCUUUUUGAUCAAUCACAAAGCAGGAACUUAAUAAUUUGGACCGCAGUUAUAACGGCUUAUGCUGCUCAUGGAGAUGCUAGUUUGGCGCUUGGCCUCUAUGCUCGGAUGCUAGAUGAAGGAAUUAAGCCUGAUCCAGUUACUAUAACUGCAGUAUUGACAGCUUGUGAUCAUUCUGGAUUAGUAAAUGAAGCUUGGGAUAUCUUCAAUUCAAUGCCAUCAAAUUGUGGAAUUCAGCCAUUGAUGGAACAAUAUGCAUGUAUGGUGAGUGUUCUUAGUCGAGCUGGGAAGCUCUCAGAGGCAGAUGAGUUCAUCUCCAAAAUGGCAAUUGAGCCAAGUGCUAAAGUCUGGGGUGCUUUGUUACAUGGGGCUUCUGUUUAUGGUGACGUAGAAAUGGGCAAGUUUGUGUGUGAUCAUUUGUUUGAGAUUGAACCUGAAAAUACUGGAAAUUACAUAAUUAUGGCAAAUCUAUAUUCACGUUAUGGGAGAUGGGAAGAAGCUGAUAAUGUCAGGGAAAAACUGAAAGGAAUCGGGUUACAGAAGAUCCGUGGAAGUAGCUGGAUUGAAACAAGUAGAGGGCUAAUAAGCUUCAUUGCCAAGGAUGUAUCAAAUGAAAGAUCUGAUGAGAUCUAUGCAUUGCUGGAAGGAUUGCUUGGUUUGAUGAGGGACGAAGGAUAUGCUCUGCGAGAUGAGUUAGAUUCUGAGAGACUUCUUUUGGUUAACAAUUAAGUCUUAAUUUAUGGUGAAAUAGAUUAGUGCAGAAACUAAACAAUACUUGUCUACCCAGAAAAAAAGUAAUGCUUUCCUGGAUUCUCUAGAUGAGGAUUUACUCUCCUUUCUAUGAAUUGUUAGUAGAAAAUUUAUGGCUGCUGAGUACUUCCUGUACACCUCACACCUGAGAAGACAAACAGAGGUUAAAAUGCUAGAAUCACUGAGCACCAGCAUAGCACCUAUUUAAUCUUGCUAUUUGGUGUACAAAGAGGUUAAAGGUCUUAUCUUUGAUUCAUAUAUUCAUAGUUCUUCACUUAAUAUUUAACAUUUUUUGUUAAUAACUAGAGUCAGGUAUUUCAAGUUGAUAGAUUGCUCAGAGACAGAGUCAAGUAGAAUACGCAGAAUUUUUUUUUCCCCUUUUCUUUUGUACCAAGUUUAGACCUGAGGUAAAAUCUUGCCGCAAUUUAAGAUCAGACAUACAAAUUCGAGAGAUUUUCUUUUGGUAUUACAAGUUCGAGAGAUUUAUUGGGUACAGAAAGUAAUUGGGCUUCAAUGUUAGUUUGCAGAGAAUCCUGAGAAGAUUUAUUGGUUACUGUAAAACCCAUUGAUCCAACAUGAAUGCUUAGUUCGAAAUUGUGUGUGGAAAGAUGAGACGGGGACCUAACAUUUAGCAAAAAGGGCGGCGCUUUCUGUUGAGAAGGGCUCCACAUAUGGGACCCACUUUUUUUAGGGGAUCGCCAAAUUGGUCAGAUGAUACUUCGGGAUGCACAGUGCAUUGCUUUCGACAAAGCCAGUUGUAACUUAAUGAUGGAUCAUGGAAGCAUAAUUGUUUCAUUAUCUCUAAUACUAUUAUUAUUAUUAUUAUUAUUA